GUGGGUCAAGCUGAGGAUGCAUUUCAAUUUAUAACAUUAAAUUAAGACUGCAGAUGCUGAUAUAGAUAAAAUGAGUGAUUUUGUAAACGCUACGGAGGCAGCAUCGCUUGCUGUUACAUUCGAUCAAGCAGGACAGAUAGAUAAAGCGGUAGAAUGUUACAGAACAGCAGCGAGACUAUUGGAUAGAGUUCGCGAUCAAGUUCCUCCAGAACGGCAAACAGAACUACGUGAUAAAGUACGACAAUACCUUCAGAGAGCUACCCUCCUGCAGGAACAAAAAGACAAUGCACAGCAAGCAGAGUGUGAGCGAGGGCUGCAGCAAUGCUACUUCCUCCUGCAGCAGGCUCUGGAUGCGGAUGAAGCUGGACUUGAGGAUCUGGCGCUGCAGUUGUACACACAGGCUGUGGAGCUGGCAGUUACUAUAAAAUCAAGUGACCCAGACAUACAGACUAAAGUAAAGAAUUUGGCGAGACAGGCACUGGAUCGAGCUGAGGAGUUGAAAGGGAUCAACAAAAUAGGAGCCAUGUCGCUAAACGACCCAAAGAGGCCGCCACCAAACAAAGCCCAGCUCCAAAGAGAACAGAGUGUUCACUUAAAAGUGAGUGGUAAGCAGAUCUACUCUAACGAGGAGAAGGAGGUUCUGAGGCAGACAUCAAAUAUAAACAACAACUGCUUUCUGCCGUUCAUGGAUAUUGAUCUUUCAGAAAGGUUCCAGUACGCAAUUCCCUUCGAAGACCGAGCGAGCGAGCUAAAGCUGUCGUCCAAGCAAGCCAGCGAGUUCGAACGCUGGGUGCGACCGCACGAGAUUUGCUCUGACCCCAAGAUGAUAGUCGGCGAUCAUGUUGACUGCUUCAGUAUUAAACAAACCAUAGUGUCAGACUGUUCAUUUGUGGCCUCCCUCGCCGUCAGCGCCCUCUACGAGAAACGGUUCAACAAGAAAAUCAUAACAUCCAUCAUUUAUCCGAAGAAUAAGAACAAGGAUCCUGUGUACAACCCGUUUGGGAAGUACAUGGUCAAGUUACAUCUUAACGGAGUUAGGAGAAAGAUCAUUAUCGACGAUCGAUUACCAUACAGCCGUUACGGCCGCCUGUUGUGUUCGUACUCGAGCAAUAAGAAUGAAUUCUGGGUGUCGCUACUUGAGAAGGCUUACAUGAAGGUCAUGGGUGGAUAUGACUUCCCUGGGUCCAAUAGUAAUAUAGAUCUGCACGCACUGACCGGCUGGAUCCCGGAGCGGUGUGCGAUCCGCAGCGAGCCGGAUUUCAACAGUGACGCCCUCUAUGAGAUCAUACGGACGAGACUGCAGCGAGGCGAGGUACUGGUAACAGCGGCCACAGGCACUUUAAGUGACGCGGACGGCGAACGAACGGGGCUUGUACCCGCACAUGCGUACGCCGUACUGGAUGUCAGAAUCGCUAAUGGCGUGAAACUCUUAAAACUCAAAAACCCCUGGUCCCACCUCCGCUGGCGUGGAAACUAUUCCGAGCUCGACACCCACCACUGGACCCACGACCUACGAUCACAGCUCAACUACGACCCUGACAGUGCGGCGCAAUAUGAUAAUGGGGUGUUUUGGAUAGACUACGCGAGUAUUUUGAACUUUUUCGACGUUUUCUAUCUCAAUUGGAACCCGGAUAUGUUCGAGUACACAUAUUGCAUACAUCAAAAAUGGGAUGCCGGCAACGGCCCAGUGAAAGACGCAUACAACAUCGGAGAGAACCCUCAAUUCUCUCUCCACGUGCACGGCAAGGGGGCCGUGUGGUUGUUGCUAACCCGGCACAUCACGCAGAUUGACGAUUUUAGGGACAAUAAGGAGUAUAUCACGUUGUUGGUUUAUAAGAAUAAUGGGAAACGAAUUUAUUAUCCAUACGAGCCUCCCCCCCACAUCGACGGCGUCCGCAUCAACAGCCCCCACUACCUCUGCAAGAUCAUCGUCGGCGAAACCAGCGCCGACAAAUACACGCUAGUCGUCUCACAGUACGAGAAGUCACGGACGAUAUACUACACGUUACGGGCCUAUGCGACUUGCCCGAUUUCGAUGGAAAAGUUGGAGAGCUAUCGGCAUACUAAAACAAUCUCAGGCGAGUGGGUGGGGCGGAGCGCCGGCGGCUGUGAGAACCAUCGUGACACUUACAAGAACAACCCGAAGAUCUACAUCACCGUGCCAGAGAGCAGAGUGCCGUGUCGUGUAGUGGCGCAACUAAAGGGUCCCAAGCAGUACCAGAUGGGUAUGGACGCGAGGGUCGAGUCCAUCAGUGACCCCAACGUUACAGCGCCCUUCGUCAAAGAGUCCUCGGGCGCUUACAGAUCCGGUUUCGUAGUGUUGGAGUUGCCAGUCCUCCCGGCGGGUCGGUACGUCAUAAUGCCGUCGACAUACCACCCGGGGCAGGAGGGGCCCUUCAUACUGGAGCUCAAGUCCACCAUAGAGCUGGCGUGCGAGGCGCGCGGCUAGGCGAGGUGGAGCAGGGCGAAGACUGACAAUGCUAUAUAUUAAUAUUUAUACAUUGAGAAGUGUUUCAUAAAGGUUAAGAUUUUUUAAGAGUCUUAAGGCCACUUGUACCAUUCACUAACCCGGGGUUAACCGGUUAAACCUGGAGUUAUCAUGGUUACCAGUACAAUUUGACACUGCGUUAACGGUUUAACCGGUUAAUCCCGGGAUAGUAGGAUGAUGCAAGUGGCGCUUAAAAGUAAAAUUGCAGCGCAGCGCUGGUGCAGAACGCUUUGCUGCCAAGUUGAAUGACGAUGUACUAAUUAAUUUUUCUUGCAGCAUCGCUGUUGUAAUUGGAAUAUUACCUUAACUGGCGACAGUGGUUACAUUACAAAGAUUCUUGUCAUUGGUCAAAUACGAAUCAAGAUAUUAGACUUAUUAAUAUUAAGGCCAAUGUGGAGAAGACCGGCAUAUAACAUUUUUGGUUGGGAAGACCGUCAUAGAGCAAGAACUCUCGUAUUCGUACACGUAGUCAGAAAGGAACAGCUUCACUCCAUCUGUUCUACCGAUCUUCUGUGAGUGGAGUAUGCGUAUAAACGCAAAAGUUAAAAGCGACGAAAGAGCCAGUAGACGGUCUUCCCUUAUAGACGGCCUGUCCCACAUUGCUCUUAUUUAAUAUUAACAUUUGCGUCCACCAUAAUGUAAUUUACGGUUAUUUGGGUCAAUAACAAAAAAAUCUGUUUAAUGUAUUUUAUAUUACUGCUUUAGAAUUUAUAGAUGAUGAGACAUUCAAUAUUAGACCAUAAGCCACUCAUUUAAGGUUGUUUUUGUCCUCGCUUCUCUUAAUACCGCCUAGUCGCAUUUUCUCACGUCUAUUACCUACUGCACUCUGUGAUAUGACACGUUACAGUAAUAUUU